UGCAGGAACUUUGUGAGAAUCUCAGUAUAUGGAAAAACUAUCCAUGUUCCAACUGGUGUAUAUCAAAAGAUCUCAGUACAAAUAGCAGGACCAAAAUACUGCAUUAUCAGUCAGCCAGCCAGCUAAACACUUAAUGACUCCCACAUUCUCAUGGACUUGUAAAGAAGCACCAUGACCUGUGCUGCUGUCAUGAUGCCUGGGUUGUUGCAAGGCUCUAUUGGCACCAUCUGCACUCGGGCUGCUUCAUUGAGAUUGACACCUAGGUCUUUGCGUCACCUUACUCUAACCAGAGUAAUGAAUUCCAAAAGGAACACUGAUCACAUGGAGAGAACUGCAGACGUCGUUCGCCAGGAGAUUGUGUCGAUAGCUAAGGUGUGUGGAACUGUGGAUGAGUCUCCAUCAGUAAAGAGGCUCUGUCUACGUGUUGCAGAAAAACAUUUUUCCUUUAAAGCUGGCCAGUGGGUUGAUUUCUUUAUUCCAGGAGUUUCUGUGGUUGGUGGGUUCUCAAUCUGCUCCAGCCCCAGACUGCUAGAACAAGAGAAAAUAAUAGAAUUGGCAGUGAAAUAUGCGAACCACCCUCCUGCUCUCUGGGUUCACAAUCAGUGUACACUUGACGCUGAAGUGGCCCUGAGAGUGGGUGGAGAGUUCUUCUUUGACCCUCAGCCUGCAGAUGCCUCUAGAAACCUCGUGUUGAUUGCAGGAGGAGUAGGAAUUAACCCCUUGCUUUCCAUCCUGCGGCAUGCAGCAGAUCUCCACAGAGAGCGGGCAAACAAAGGAAGUGGGUAUGAGAUAGGGACAAUACAACUAUUCUACAGUGCAAAAAACACCAGUGAACUCCUGUUUAAGAAAAAUAUUCUCGAUUUAGUAAAUGAAUUUCCUGAAAAGAUUGCAUGCAGUUUGCAUGUUACGAGGCAGACUACACAAAUCAGUGCAGAACUCAAGCCAUACAUCAUGGAAGGAAGAAUAAUGGAGAAGGAGAUAAGAGAUCAUAUUUCAGAAGAGACUUUGUUCUAUAUAUGUGGCCCACCUCCAAUGACAGACUUUUUCUCCAAACAACUAGAAAAGAGCCAUGUUCCCAAAGAACACAUUUGCUUUGAGAAGUGGUGGUAGGGAAUAGGAAAAGAGAAAGAUGUGAGAUC